CGGUACCUUGAAAUGUUCCAAACCCGCGGGUUGAUCCGUCUGAAAUCAAUUGUCCAAUUACAAUACUCACCCACCCGUCUUCGGACCGAUGAUCACAUACAUAAAACUGCCUGCGCCUUUGAAAUCCGCGGGCUGCUCCGCCUAGAUUCCUCAGGUACUACUACUUACUCUUACUGUAGUACAUUUUUACACACUUCACAAAACAAUAACAAUGGCAAACAUGCAACAACAUCCGCCCGUCGAGGGCUGCCUGGUCUCAUUCCCUACACCCGAGAUUCUCCUCCUCACACUCAACAGGCCCGAGAAGCGCAAUUCCAUUUCGCGCGCCGUGAGCGCAGACAUCAUCCAGCUAUGGAAAUGGUUCGACGCGCAACCACACCUCCGAGUCGGUAUCAUCACCGGCACAGGUGAAUCGUUUUGCGCAGGGGCAGAUCUCAAAGAAUGGAACGAGCUCAACGCCCGCGGCAUCGAGAACAAAAUGGACGCGCCCGGGAUGGCCGGCCUCCCCCGGCGCCGCAGCACAAAGCCCAUCAUCGCCGCCGUGAACGGGUACUGCCUGGGCGGCGGGUUCGAGAUGGCCGUCAACUGCGACAUUGUCAUCGCGAGCGAAAAGGCGGCCUUUGGACUCCCCGAAGUCCAGCGCGGUGUUGCUGCCGUCGCCGGUGCGCUCCCGCGGCUGGUCCGACUACUGGGCAAACAGCGUGCGGCGGAGAUCGCGCUCACGGGGCUACUCUUCCCUGCGGCGCAGCUGGAACGUUGGGGGCUGGUGAAUCGCGUCGUGGAGCAUGGGCGCUUGCUGGAGAGUGCGGUGGAUACGGCGAGGGCGAUUGCGUCGGGGAGUCCGGACAGUGUACGGGUGACGCUGGAGGGGUUACAUUACGGGUGGGAGAUGGCGAGUGUUGAGGAGGGGACUGAGAAGGUGAUUACUGAGUGGUAUCCGAGGCUGAUGGCUGGCGAGAAUUUCCAUGAGGGGGUCAGGGCGUUUGUCGAGAAGAGGAAGCCUGCAUGGAAGGCGAGUAAGCUGUAAUUGCAUUACAUGGUGAUAAUGCCGGUACCAGUACAGGUUACAUGGUUAUUUUACGGCUAGAAAAUGAUCGCAAGCUCGAGCUCUAAUCCCAAUACCGUCAGGAACGAGGCUGACCUCUAUAAAACGUCACUUCUCUCUCCGACAGACAUCCUUUUCAUCAUCGACUAUAUCGACACGGAAUCAAUUCAAUUGAGCUUCAUUCCAUGGUGCACCUUGAAGAGUCUUCUACAAUACGUAAAGCACUCGACUAUUCAAGUCCCUUAGUCUCCU